CGUGUAUUUUCCACGAUAGUGUUCAUGCAAGUCAGUUUGACGUUUUGCUGAAUUGAUAAAGAAAAAGUCCAAAAGGAGGGCCAGUGCAGAGUCUUGAGCUCGCUUUUGGUAUGAGUGUGCUAUGAUGACUUCCCUGAGAGCUUCCAGGGUUACUACCAGAACAGAACGAGGUGCUAGCAGUACUUGGCAUGACCAAGAUCAGGAAAAUCGUGUUCGUCAUGUCGUAAUUCGCGAGGCUGAGAUCGUGAAGCAACCGUCCACACACGUUGUGUACAAGAUCAAUGUACUGACCCAGUGGAAUCACUGGUGUGUCCUGCGCCGCUACAGCGAGUUCUUUCAACUCCACACGGAGCUGGUACAGCGGUAUGGGAUAGCCAAGGACCUACUACCUCCCAAGCGCCUUACGGGUAACCUUGACCCGAAGGUGAUUGAGUCUCGACGAGAAGCCCUGGAGCAUUACCUGCAACGGCUGGUCAACAGUCAUUUUGAAGUGGCCACGUCCAAGGUCUUGUCGUUGUUUCUCGAUGUUCAGUCCCACGAUGUCAUUCAAGUUGCAAAGCGACUUGCCAGGCGUGCUUUCGAAGAAGGUGAAGUUAUUCUCUCGAAUCGCCGGCCCAUUCAGUACACACCAACAGAGAUGUUCUGCAUUUGCAAACGGUUAAAGCUACCAAUGGCGGAUGGAGACAACACUGACGGUGGUGCCACCGACCUUAGCCAUCUCUACAGCUUCAUCAAUCAGCUGGAAGCGCUAAGUAUAGCUGUACCUGCUGGCCAUCCGUCGUCCUGUAACAUGCCAUUCAGCCUGGCUCAGUUCCGCUCGCUGCGUUUACUGAAUAUUGAUACAUGUCCCCUUGCACUUCUUGAGGGACUGUCGACAGUGUGCCAGCAAGUACGCCGCCUCGGUAUGCACCACAACCUGAACUCUUUGAAGUCUGUACUCGAAGACGCUGCCAUCGAGCGACGUGGUCCUUCGGCAGUGUCGACUAGCUUGUCAUCCAGCGGUGUCGACAGCUGGCGGCACUCCUCGAUCGUGUCGCUGACCGUUGAUCGGCCGGUGAUGCAACAGUGGACGCAUCUCACACACCUGGAUGUCAGCCGCAAUCGCAUCACGGCCCUGGACGACUCGCUGAGACUGCUGCCAGCGCUGCAAGAGGCAAACUUUAGCUUCAACAUGAUCCAAAGUCUCGACUUCGAUCUGCUGUGCGUGGGACAUCUGAAGAAAGCCAAUUUUGCCCAUAAUCAGAUCUCGACGCUAACAGCCUGUAAACAGGAGUUUCGGCCACUUCACGAGCUCAACCUUGGGCACAAUCGCCUGAAAACUCUCACUGGUUUGGAAGCGUUCACACAGCUGCGUAGCAUAUUCAUAGACCACAAUCUUGUGGCAUCGCACACGGAGUUGGCAGCUCUGUCCGAUCUGGGCCAGCUACGGCACUUGCAGCUGGCUGCAAACCCGUUUGCCCAGCGUCGCGGUUAUCGAGUCGGAGCACUGGCUAUGGUGCCGCAUUGCGUCAAUGUCGUGGCUAUUGAUGGUACGCCAGUCUCUUUAGCCGAGCAGGCUCGCCUGGAUAAGCUCUCUCAGCAGCAUGGCAAUGAUUCUCGCCAGUGGCCAGAGAAUGCUCUCCGUCGCACCGGCUCUUUCUCGUCCGUCCCUUCGACUCCCAUUGGCGGACACCCUCCACUUAGUCCCAGGCGCUCUGAUUUUGUCACGCCGACGUCGUCGCAAACCAAGGUACAUGUAAGUGGCGAGCGGCUAGACUUGGAAGCGGCUGUGUCGGCGCUCUCCACGCCUGGACUGUCCGCUGCCCGAUUAGACCAGCAUUCAGGUGUGGCGCCUGGUUCGUCCAGCCACUGGCACGUAUCCUCUGUUGGACAGGCCAGUCCCAGUAGCUCCACAGGGGGCCAUACUCCAUCUCCUAGUGGCGGUGCUGCAGCUGCUGCUGGUGGUGCUGCUGCUGGUGAAGGGAGUAAUUCCCGGAAUCACGUCCAAGCAGGUGUUUCGUCAUCAGUGUCCGCGACGACGCUUUCUGCCGAGCAAGAAGCAACACUGCCUGCAACGGGGGAGCGCUUACCAGCUACGAGCACUAGCGGCACGGCUGGUAGUCGUGACUCUCCGUUCGGUGAAGGCGGAUACCGGGUGGUGCGCGUAGAUUCAGAGGAGCCGCCAUCGGAGGACUUCACCCGAAACCCGUUCAACGAACCCGCCAUGAUGGCGCAGCGCGAUCACUUCUUCGCCGCUCGUUCUUGGUCACCGCCCGGGGCGAGCGCUCCGCAAUCGCGCCCGCAGUCCUCUGCUGCCGACAGAGGAAAUGACAAUGGAACCUCUGCCAGCACAGCACCCACGCUUCUUGCGCUUGCUGCAGCAACUGGCGAAGAGGGCAACAGUCGGUUGGCUGUGACGCACACCGGUUCCGGGACAUCUAGUGCUCCAGAUACUAGUCGAGCGCCAGCAAGCCAUCCUGCAGAACAGAGUCAGUCGGCCUCAGGUCCAGCGUAUCCUAACAGAAGUAGCCCAGGUACGGGAGUAUCGACACCAUCGUGCAGCACUAGUGCGACAACGACGGAGCACAUGGCUACUUCCGAUACAGCUACUGACGCUGCUCAUCAAGGUCGGCGGGUAUGCGAUUUAUCCAGUACCGUUUCCACGAACAUGGCAGUACUUGACGGCACUGCCUGCACGGAAUCCACUGCUUUGCGGACACAGGCACACGCCGAGGAACGAGAACACGCUGCCACCGACGAUGACCUAGCCUCGCCAUCUUCACUAGAGCUUGGGUGCGGCUCUGGGCAGUCCGUUUCUGCCGUGUCCUCAAGCCACACGGUGACUAACGGAUCUGUAUCAUCCGCAGAGGACGUGGGUGCGCAAUUGGCGGCUGUUCAGUUAAAUUCGUCUGCUGAAUCUCAGGGUCUAGCCUCGCAAGCAGUGGAUCUUACUCGCGCCACGGAAGCAGCAGCUGAGGCAAGCAGAGCACGAGAUGAUGCUGACGUUCAUUCUGACACGUCUCGCGUUGUUUCCGUCGACCCAACCGACAGUUAGUAUCAUUUCUAGCAACUUGCAAUCCAUUGCUGUACUAUUACUGCCGCUGGAACCUCGGGCCUACCUAGCAGAGACGAGUGCGACAUCCUUGCCAACAUUUGUUCUUCUUCCGGUGAUUAUAUCUGCGUGCCGCUUGUUACAAGCUUUCCGUGCGUUUCCACAGAGUUUUAACCCCGUCGUUUGUUUGCACUUCAGUGCUGACGGCGAAUAGUGUAGUGCCUUUUAGCCGCAUAUACGAUUAGCUGAAUCUGCCAUUAGAAAAUCCGGUGUGCAGGCGGAAUGCAGAAUUACUGUGUCGCUAUCUGCAACGGCUUUCUUCACAUAACCUCCAAAGUAUGUCAGUGUUUAUUCGAAUUCCUAUAGGCUAAACGCGUUCUACAGUAGCUGAUCGUUCUAAUUUUCUCUUCGUCCGUGUCGUCUUUCUACCUACAGCUGCUGGCGGCCUGUUUUUGUUUUGUUAGUUUUUAACGUUCUGACUUUACUCGUCGACGCCUUACUAGUACCCAUUUUGCAGUUCACUUGUAGCUGCUACUUCUCUGUUUUCUGUACGCCACGCGAUGCCAAUCAGUUGUUCUUUCUUACUAGUCUUAGUGCAACACUCAACUGUGCUCGUUCUAAGUCGCCUGGGAGUAGUAAAGUACCGGUAUUUUACCUGAGAGCGGGUUUAUUCACAACACCAAUCGCGUGAAACCAUGGACUACUCGCUGGCCACCUUUGCUGGCUUGGUACAGCACUUCUGUACAGUAUUCAACUGGUAUUCGUUGGAACUGAUGGCAGCUGCAGCUGGCCUGUGUUCGUCAUAGCUUGCUUUCUUGCCUCUUGUGCACCUUUCUUGGAUAGCGAUCUACCAUGAUAAUACUGCUCUGUGCAGCACACUCA